GGCGGGCGCAAGAUGGCGGCGGCGCUGGGCCGGGGGCUGGACAUCAGCCUGGCGGCGCUGCGGCAGCACGACCCCUACAUCAGCGGCAUCGUGGACGUGGCCAGCCAGGUGGCGCUCUACACCUUCGGCCACCGCGCCAGCCAGUGGGAGAAGACAGAUGUGGAGGGAACGCUGUUUGUUUACACAAGAUCAGCUUCUCCAAGGCAUGGUUUCACAAUAAUGAACAGACUGAGCAUGGAAAACCGAACAGAACCCAUUACUAAAGACCUGGAUUUCCAGCUGCAGGACCCUUUUCUGCUCUACAGAAAUGCCAGGUUGUCCAUAUAUGGGAUUUGGUUUUAUGAUAAAGAAGAAUGCCAAAGAAUUGCAGAGCUCAUGAAAAACCUAACUCAGCAGGAACAAUUCAAAGCACAGCAGGGCACAGGAACAGGGGUGUCCCCCAUGAUCAUGAAUUCUGCCAAUAACAAAGAAGUGGAUAUCUUAAGGAUGCUUACCAAGGCCAAAGAUGAGUAUACCAAGUGUAAGACCUGCUCAGAGCCAAAACAAAUAACCAGUUCCUCUGCAAUCUACAGCAACCCCAACCUGAUCAAACCCAUUCCAGUGAAGCCGAGUGAGAACCAGCAGCAGCGAAUCUCCCAGCAGGGCAAGAACGCGGAUCCUGAGCCGCAGCACUUGUCCUUGACGGCGCUGUUUGGCAAACAGGACAGGGCAGACGGCUCUGAGGCGCUCAGCAAGCAGCCCCAGGAGAGCGUCCCGGCGAGGCAGGGCGUGGUGCGCUCGCUGUCCUACGAGGAGCCCGGCAGGCACUCCCCGGGCGCCGAGAAGCAGCUGUGCCCCGCCAUCCAGAAGCUGAUGGUGCGGGGCACCGAGCUGCGGCCGCUGGCCGAGCUCCCCGAGAGCCGCCUGUGUGAGAACGGCGGCGUCCCCCCCGUCGGGGACGCUUUCACGGGCCUCUUCCAGCCCGUGCCUGCCCACGGCGUGGCCACGGCCCACGGAGCUCAGGACGCUGCUGGCGCUCAGAGCCUCCUGCAGAAAUUGCAGAGUCAGGCAGGAUCGGUGGCGAAAAUGGAGCCCAGUGCCGCAGGAGCUGUGAACUCGACGGCUGCCGUGUUCAGCAGGACUCCUGCUCCUGUUGGAGCACCUGCAGCACCAGGAAACAGCAUGAGCCAGCCCCCUCUGGUGUAUUUCAAUGGGUCCCUACCAGGCCAGACUUUAGAGGCCCAGACGCUUGGGAAAGAACAAUCCAAACUCCCCAGACAGGCACUUCCUCUCUCUGGCAAUCAAGCAGCCAAUUCUGGGGUGAUUUCACCUCAAGAAUUAUUGAAAAAACUCCAGAUAGUGCAGCAAGAACAGCAGCUCCAUGUAUCCAGCAGACCAACGUUGGCAGCUAAGUUCCCAGUUGUUACCCAGAACACCAAUACCCUGAAACCACUGGAUUCCUGGAUAGAAAAGGCUCCAGGCACAGAAAAACAGAGCACUCUCUUCCAGGUGAUCUCCCCGCAGCGCAUCCCUGCCACGGCGAGCCCCACGCUGCUGAUGUCGCCCAUGGUGUUCGCUCAGCCCACGCCCGCUGCGCCCAGAGCUGCCGAGAGCGGCCGGCUGGGCAGCGCCGAGCCCGGCUCGGGCAGCCUGCUGCUGCCCCUGCCCGCCGAGGCGGCCGCGCCCUGCGGCGCCUCCAUCUCCAAGGUGCAGCUGCAGGAAACGCUGCUGCACCUCAUCCAGAAUGAUGACAACUUCUUGAACAUUAUUUAUGAAGCAUAUCUCUUCAGCGUGAGGAAGGCAGCAAUGAAAAAGCCUAUGUGAAAGAUCAUCUCUUAAAUAAAUUUCCACAGCUUCCUAAACUCCAGGAAGAAGAUUUUGGAAUUUUCAAGUAUGAUUAUGUUUGAAGAAAUGAAUGGUCUUAGGCAUUUUGCAUACAGUUAGAUUUUCCUUGUUGGCAAACAUGUGCUGUACUGAGAUAAAAGUGAGCAGAAAUGGAUUGUGCCUUUAGUGAGGGGAGCGUCACAACGCUGAAGAAUUAUUCACAAAAUAUCUUAACUUAUUUUUCUUACCCUGGUCCAUGCUUAGAGUUGUUUUCCCGGCAUGAGGAGUCAGUUCUCAGGAUCCAGUUUCCUUUUUCCCUCGCGGUGGUUCCUCAUUGCCGAGAUGUUUGUCCCUGCUUUUCCCUGAGCCGUCCCUCACCACAUGGUGGCAAUGUUGGACUAUUUUUAGGAACAUCAAAAUCCGCCUGAAAUCCUGCAAAAGGAGCUUUUCUGGAAGACUGAUCGUCGUACUUAGCUGUCUGCAAGGCAAUUUAGAAGAAGUGUCAUGACUUCCCCUAAAAUUUUUGUAGGAAAUUCUUUUUCUAUUUUGACAAGAAUAUUUUUAGCUAGAUGUAGAGAUGGGAUUCUGCAGGUGUUUGAGGAAUUGGGGUGGGGGGGUGGGUUUGUGAAUGUACUUGGCUGUCACAGAACUCUGGGGUGACACUGGAUUCAUCUUUCUAUUAUUCCAGGUCCAAUCUGCAUAAUUAUAAGCGAUGUGAAAAUUUGUUAAGGGAAAUGCUACCUGGUGUAAAUUUUUUUUUAAGUGUGUUCCUGGAGCACAGUAAUUCCAUUGAUCCAUUUCUAAAGAAAAUAAAAAUGGAUAAUCCCUCCAAUGUGCUGAUUUCAUUUUA